CGCACCAGGAACUCUCGCUGUUCCUACGCUUGACAAGGAGUAUACGAAGGCUGGGGCCCUAACUUCGUACAGAGAAGUGUUGGUAGGAUUCGCCAAGUAAUCGAUAACUUUGCUAGCUGCAGCCCUAUUAGCCACAUCAUGAUAAUUGUUGUUGGAAGCAAUCCCGGGUAAAGGAAAGGUUCACUUGGCGCAAGCCAUUAACACAACACGAAGAUUCUAUAUAGACCCGAUCUCUCUCUACCUCUCCACGAUCCUCCCAUCUCCAGCACACAGCCCAAGAACCAGAAAGGUCGCCCCCACUAAACUCCUCAUCAUGGUAGCACCAAUACCAUUCGCCCAGGCUGCCCUGGUGGUCCUGCUCGCCUGUGUGCAGCCUAGCGCGGCGGAGGUAACAUCCGUCAUGCCGAUGUUUAUCCUCGACUCCACGCCGGUCAGCCUCGACGCAGCCAUCAUUUCCGUGAGUCCAGUGCCGACCUGGACAUACCAAAGCAUCGUGACCUACUCCGUCGACUGCCCUCAGUCCGCCUCACCCGACAACGACGCCUGCCGCGCGCUGUCCAUCUACCCAGCCGAGGUAUGGCACACGCAGGGCUCCAUGUGGGGAGGGACGACAACCGCACGCGCGGACGACAGCACCACGACUUGGACUUGUAACCUCGGGAGUGGGGUCUCGAUGAAGACUAAGACAAUUGGACCAUCCUGCGUCAAGAGCAUCAACGCUGCGGGGGGGACGACGAGAGUCGAGACAACGUGGCUUGACUCAUGCUAUAUCUCAGCGCACAGCGUGCCUAUGCUGGUAACCGCAGGCGUUGAGAGGCUGCCCGCCGAGUACUACGUGACGUACGCGGUGUCGGAGUGGCAGUCGAUUACUAGCUCUCUAUUGUCAUCUAUGGGGUGUCCGGUGAGCUCGACGACGGCGAUGACUACUACUGCUUCGACGGCUGCGAGUAAUGGUGGAGCUAGUGAGACCGGAGGCACAAUACCAACAACUGGGGCUACUGCGACCCAGGAUCAGGUUUCGGAUACGGUGGCGGGAACUGCUGGUCCUAGCCCGACGGCCACAGGCGAAUCAUCGGGUACCUUUAGGGAGAUGUCAUUGCUGAUAGCAGUUGGGGCUGUUGCAAUAUGCUUAAUUAUUUAAUAGUUUAAUAGUUUAAUAGUUUAAUAGUUUAAUAGUUUAAUAGUUUAAUAGUUUAAUAGUUUAAUAGUUUAAUAGUUUAAUAGUUUAAUAGUUUAAUA